AUGCCUGUCGACACGCAUUCCCAGCCGUUACAGGCAGUCCCACCCCCGACUUUCAAAUACAAGUCUCCACCUUCGGCCGCUAGUAUCAAUGCCUCCGAAGUUGUUUCCGACUAUCUUGCUCGUCUCCAAAAAGCCAUUGAAAAGCCUACGGUACUAGACUUGCAAGACGUGAUCUUCCCCGAAGGUUUCUGGCGAGAUGGUCUCUUCCUGACCUGGGACCUUCGUACUUCGCGAGGAGUCGACAAGAUCAGUCAGUUCUUGAGUAAAGAUGUUACUGAGAAGAGGCUCGGAUCUCUUAAGGUCAAACCUACUGUUGGGAAUUAUAAGCGACUUCCAGUUUUGCAGGUUGAGGAGUCUUCGAUUAGCAUCCUGGCUUAUAUUGAUGUUGAAUCCGAUGAGGGACUCGGAGAAGGUAUUAUUCGGUUGUUCCUUGACUCUAAUAAUACAUGGAAGGCAUUCACGAUUUAUACCACUCUCACAAACCUCAAAAGCCACCCAGAAGCCAGUGGCAUCAACCGCCCUCACGGCGGCCUCCACGGCGACCAAUCCUCAAACCCCACAAACUGGAAAGAACGACUUGCUGAAUACUCAGAGUUCACUACCACAGACCCAACGGUCCUCAUCAUUGGUGGCGGUCAAGCAGGACUCACAGUCGCUGCCCGUCUGACCCGUCUAGGAAUUCCUACCUUAAUAGUCGACAAGAAUCCUAGAAUCGGUGAUAACUGGCGUAACCGUUAUCACAGCCUUGUCCUCCACGACCCAGUGUGGUAUGAUCAUCUUCCAUACAUUCCAUUCCCCAAGACGUGGCCAAUCUUCACUCCCAAGGACAAAUUGGGAGACUGGCUCGAAUUCUACGCUCGUUCUUUGGAAAUCCCCGUCUGGACGUCGACGGCCCCGACCUCUUCAUCAUAUGAGAAUGGGAAAUGGACGGUCAAGGUUCUUCGGGAAGGGAAAGAACGUAUUUUAUCUCCAAAGCAUGUAAUCCUCGCCACCGGUCAUUCUGGCGAACCCAACAUUCCAACAUUCCGGGGACAAGAAGUCUUUAAAGGAAAAAUUACUCAUUCCUCGAAAUGGAGCAACCCAGAAAGACUAAAGGGGAAGAAGGUUUUGGUUGUCGGAGCGGGGAAUACGGCACAUGAUAUCGCUCAGUCGUUGUAUUCGAACGGGGCAUACCCAACGCUUAUUCAAAGAUCGAGCACUCAUGUUCUUACGUCUAAAGUUGGAUUGCCGGCUCUCCUUGGUACUACAUAUUGUGAAAACGGCCCAGAGGUCGAGGAGGCGGAUCUACAAUUCUUUAGUCUCCCCAACGCCGUCACCAAAGCCUACCACCAAGCCAUAAUAAAGGACCUCAAGUCCCCCUCCAAAGAUGGUAAAAUCAUCGAAGGCCUCAACAAAGCCGGUUUCGUUACCGAUGAUGGCCCCGAUGGUGCUGGAUUAUUGAUCAAGUACUUCGAUGUGGGAGGAAGCUAUUAUAUUGAUAUUGGUGCCUCGAGCAUGAUUAUUGAUGGAAAGAUCGGGGUCAAGCAUGGUAGACUCGAUAAAUUUACCGAGAAGGGAGUAUUAUUCGAAGAUGGACAAGAGCUAGAAGCUGCCGAAGUCGUCCUUGCAACGGGUUACCAAAACAUGCGCACAACAGCAGGUGCCAUCUUCCCAUGCGUCAAGGAUGCAGUCAAGCCCGUUGGGGGGUUCGAUUCAGAAGGGGAGUUCAACACACUGUUUAGGGAUAGCGGACAUCCUGGAUUCUGGUUUAUGGGUAUGAAUUUGGCGCAUUGUCGGUGGUAUUCGAGAGUUUUGGCAUUGAGGAUUGCGGGACAGGAGUUUGGUCUUUAUUGA